AUGAUCCGCAUCCAGCAGCGCACCUUGCCACCCGCAGGCAGCGUAUCCCAGACGAAUGCCAGCGCUCUCCAGGUUGCCCUCCAACAGGCCAUUGGCAAGUCCAUCAGUCGUACAACAACCAUCAUGUCUUCCCAGGCAGCCUCGACUUCUGCAUCGGCCACGAGCAGCAGCAUGGCGUCGUCUGCCCAGGACGCGACGCAGGACGCGUCUCCUGCGACACCUGGCACAGUCACCCUACCACGAAAGAGUCGCGCCGAGCGGUCGCUUCUCUCCGUACUGGAGCGGGAGCGUCGCAUACCCGUGACCAGUCCGCCACCGUCCACCGCCGUUGUCACCAUGGUCCGCCCGCACCCAUAUGCGUCCCCGCAGCAGCAGCAGACCACCGCUUCCUCAGCCAGUGCCACAGCUUCAUCGUUAGCCGCCGACGCAGCACGACCUCGGGAGCCGCCGCCCAUCACGCCGUCACCCACCAUGUCGCGCACGAGUACGCGAUCACGCACCGGAUCGCGAUCCAGCAGUCGCGUCGGCGUGCGGUCCCGCGCUGCAUCGCCUGCCUCAGUCAACACCGGCGGCGUACGCGAGCGCGGCGAGGUUGACCUGUCGACUCUGGUACAGCGAAGCAUCGCGUUCCAGAGCAGCAGCCCUCCACCGCCAACACCGCCUGCCUCGCCACCCCAAUGCGCACGCCGCCCACACUUUUCGACCUCGCCUACCACCGCUCCGGCUGCCGAGUCCAUGUCGCUCACCAACGCCGGAACGUGA